UAGGGGGAGCUUGUGGGACGAAGUGUCCCUUAAAACGUGACUCUAAACAUAUAUUAGAUUCUUCUUUCAAAUACCUGUUAUUGCCUUAGUCCUCACAUAUAUAUGUCCUGUUUGGGGAUGGGGCGAGAGCCCAGACUCUUACCCCUGAAAAAUACCAGCAUUGUGCUUUACUCUCAAAUUUCAUUUGAGCACAAUAUUGUCAUGGUCGUUAAAAAUAUCCGAUUUAGGGGUGUUUUGGGGGGUGGGCUGCUCCACCAAACACUUGGUCCCACAAUUGGAUAUCAGAUUCGUUUUCUACUCUUGAAUACCUUUCAUUUGAGUCCCAUAUUGUCGUGCUUGGUUCAUUGAUAUAUUUGGCGGUUCUUUGGGGUGAGGCGGAAACCACAAACAAACAAACACAAAUUGAUUUGAUUUUAAUUUUUGUAAUAAGUUUUUAAUAAACUGGCACUUCUUAUUCACAGGAUAAAUGGUCACCGAUGGUACGUAGCACAUAUAUACGGCCAGAUAUAAAACUGGCCACUUUUUUGAGGUUUUUGGCUACUGGAAGCUACCAAAGCACAGUAGGCAAUGAAAUUAUUUCAUCCGCCUCAAAAUCAUCCGUUUGCCGUAUAAUUCGUGAGUGUCUCCAAUUGUUUGAAAAUUGGAUUUGCGGCAAAUGGAUAAAAACACCUACUCAGGAAGAGGAGCAAGACACCAUGGCGUCAUUUUUCGAAAAAACAGGAUUUCCAGGAAUUAUAGGAUGUGUUGAUGGAACCCACGUUCGAUUUAAGGGGCCUGGAAAUGACGUCAAACAUUUGUACUAUAAUAGAAAAGGGUAUUAUAGUAUUAAUGCCAUGGUGAUCUGUGACCACAACAUGAAAAUUAUUUGUGUUGAUGGCCGUCAUCCUGGCGCAAACCAUGACGCUUUUAUAUGGGAAGCAAGCACCGCAGACCUCAAAUUGCAAAAUGAUUUUGAUCGGGGAAAGCGGAACUUUUGGAUUCUUGGAGAUGGAGGCUAUAAGCUGAAGCCAUUUUUAAUGACACCAUACAGGAAUCCAAGGGAUCUGGCCGAAACACGUUACAACAGAAAGCAUGCCAGUGCUAGAAAUGUUGUUGAACGAUGUUUCGGUCUAUUAAAAAACAGAUUUCGAUGCAUUAUUGGCUCGCGGGGAUUGCACUACUCUCCUGAGAAGGCAACCCAAAUAAUAAACGCAUGUUGUGCUUUACACAACAUGUGUAUAACAUACAAAUGCAUCGAAGAGCCAACGGACCCCUACAUAAACCCAGAUAUAACGAUGCCUAAUACCGAAGAAAGUGUGCAAGAAGAAGAUGACAGAGCAAUAUGUAUAAGAAGAAAUAUUGCAAUUAAUUUAUAGGUUUUUAGUUACCUACAUAAUAAUGUUAUAUGUUAUGAAAUUUACUAGUGUAAAUAAACCCCACACUAAAACUUGAA